GAAGAAGAAGCGGCGGCGGCUUUGACGUCACUGAGUGACAGCUAGCUGUCAGAGUGAGUCGCCCCCACCGCCACCUCCGCCAGCGGUAGCUCCGGUCCCCAGGCAGAGAGCUCGUCAUUUUCUCCAGUUUUGUUCAGUCACACAGACGGAGAGCGGACUCGGCGGCGGUGGAGAGACCCGUCCGACGGAUCAGUCGAGCCAGCUCUCCGCGAACCGGUCCUGGACAUGGACGAGCAGGCUGGGCCCGGCGUCUUUUUUAACGCCAACAACAGCUCCGUACUGCCCGGCGGCGUGAAGGGAGCCCAGCCCGCCGAAGGCGGCCCCGGAGCAGGCGGAGGAGAGGCGGCCAGGGCACAGUACAGCAUCCCGGGGAUCCUGCACUUCCUGCAGCACGAAUGGGCCCGGUUCGAGGUGGAGAGGGCGCAGUGGGACGCGGAGCGGGCCGAGCUGCAGGCUCAGAUCGCCUUCCUGCAGGGGGAGCGGAAGGGCCAGGAGAACCUGAAGAAGGACUUGGUGAGGAGGAUCAAGAUGCUGGAGUACGCCCUGAAGCAGGAACGGGCCAAGUUCCACAAAUUAAAGUAUGGCACAGAGCUCAACCAAGGAGAGAUCAAGCCCCCCAGCUACGACUCGGAUGACGGGAACGAGAAUGAGAAUGAGAAUGAGAACGACACCCAGGGUCCACAGAACAGCCAACUGACCUGGAAGCAAGGACGACAGCUCCUGCGGCAGUGCCCCCAGCUGCGUGCCAAUCCCAUCCCCGACCCAGGGCCGCCGUGUGACCCAAGGGCCGGGGUGAACAAUCCCCUGCUGUUUAUGAAGCUGAGGGCAGCGAGGUGCUGGGGACAGCAGGGGAUGAAUGGGGGAUUGUACUGUGCCGGGCUGGGCAUUCAGCCCCUCUGCGAGCGGGGAGGCUGGUACAGCGCGAGACGGGGCCUUUCUCUCUCUCAGCGCUGGUACAGGGUGAUAUUUCAGCGGGCGCCCUGUCAGUGGCGGCCACAGAGCUGGGAGUCCAGGCAGCUGAGCGCGGUCGGGUACCUACAGGAGGUGGGAUACACAGACACGAUCCUGGAUGUGAAGUCCCAGCGGGUGAAGGCGUUGCUGGGCCUGGCCGGAGACGAGGGGGAGCGAGCGGCCGAGCGCAGCCCGGAAGCCAUGGUGAACGGCAGCGAGCCAGCGCUGAAGGGCGGCGUGGGGACCGGGAAGCCCGACCUGUCAGACUCUGCGUCUGUCCUGGAGGCGUUCAAGUUCAUCGAGAGCGCUGCGGCUGAGUUCAGUGACGAGGACGAGGACGACGACAGCGAGGGGAGGGACAAGACCAUCAUUGACUCCUCUACGAUCGUGCGGAAGAAGGCGCCCUCCUCGCCAUCGUCCUCGGACAUCAGCGACGACCCCGACACCGAGGAAGCGCUGAAGGGCUUCGACUUCCUGACCAGCCCCGACGAACUGGACGGCUCGCCGGAGUCCAGGAGCGCCGGAGAUGGGACCGACUGGGAGAAGGAAGAACAGUGUCCCAUGUCAGAGGCCUGGGAUGUGGACCAGGGCCUGAUAACCAAACUCAAGGAGCAGUACAGAAAAGAGCGCAAGGGCAAGAAGGGGGUGAAGAGUAAGUCCAGCAGGGCGGCGCCCCUCCCUGUUUCCUCUGAUGGUCUAUAUCCAGGAUUCUUUCCCAUCUUUCCAUUUCUUCCUCUACCCACCCGUCACUGUUCAGUUCAGCCCCUAUAUUCUUCCAUCAGGCACCUUUUCCCCCAUUAUCUGUCCAGCUUGUUCCACUGCCACCUGCUCUGGAAGUCACACCACCAUCUGCAACUUUUCCUCUUCCUGUUUAUACCUUUAUUUAUGUUCCUUCCUUCCUUCCUUUCUUGCCACCCCUCCCCCCCAACUGAGAUGAGCCCUUUGCGCUCUGCAGGGGGCAUGGCCACCCCCCCCGCCCCCGCUGGCCCUGGCAUUGAGACGGUAACUGAGCCACACACUGCGCUUAUGGGCUCCUUCACAGCACCAUUCAAGCUGCUUGCCCACUUGGGUCCCUCGUGUGCUGCCUCUCACUGGAACAUCGGCAAUAAUAAAGACGCCCUGAGGAAGACGUGGAACCCCAAGUUCACGCUGCGCAGCCACUUCGACGCCAUCCGCGGCCUGGCCUUCCACCCGGCCGAGCCCGUGCUCGUCACUGCCUCGGAGGACCACACUCUCAAGAUGUGGAACCUGCAGAAGACCGCCCCAGCCAAGAAGAGCACGGCUUUGGAUGUGGAGCCUAUUUAUACCUUCAGGGCACACCGAGGCUCAGUGCUGUGCGUGGUGAUGAGUACCUCGGGGGACCAGUGCUUCAGCGGGGGUGUGGACGGCACCAUCCAGAGCUGGAACACCCCCAACCCCAACAUCGAUCCCUACGACUCCUACGAGCCCAACGUCCUGCGGGGGGCGCUGUGUGGCCACACGGACGCCGUCUGGGGCCUGGUGUACAGCUCAGCUCAUCAGCGCCUGCUGUCCUGCUCGGCCGAUGGCACAGUGCGGCUGUGGGACGCCGGUGACACCUCGCCCGCUCUGGCCGUCUUCAAUGAGAAUGGGGAGCUUGGCAUCCCCUCCUCAGUGGACCUUGUAUGCAGCGAGCCCGCCUACAUGGUGACCUCAUUCAACAGCGGCCGCACGGGGCUCUUCAACAUGGAGACGCGGCAGCUGGUUCUCAGCCUGGAGUCUGUCGGGGAGCCAGGCACUCCCAGUCAGAUUAACAAAGUGCUGAGUCACCCCACCCUCCCCAUCUCCAUCACAGCCCAGGAGGAUCGGCACAUAAAGUUCUUCGACAACAACACAGGAAAACUGAUCCAUUCCAUGGUCGCCCACCUUGACGCGGUCACUAGCUUGGCUGUGGACCCCAACGGGCUGUACCUGAUGUCUGGCAGCCAUGACUGCUCCAUCCGCCUGUGGAACCUGGAGAGCAAGACAUGCAUCCAAGAGUUCACUGCCCACCGCAAGAAGUUCGAGGAGUCGAUCCACGACGUGGCGUUCCACCCGACCAAGUGCUACAUCGCUAGUGCCGGAGCCGACGCCCUGGCCAAAGUCUUCGUAUGACACGUCGACCCACCCGCCCUACCGCCCCGCGGACUCAUGGAGGCAGCAGUGAGGCAUGCUUUAGUUGGGGUCACCCCCCCUGCCCCCGUUGUAAUCCCUACCUGUAGGUUCUCCUCCACCCUUGCCCCAUCCGAUAACACCAGUGGGGUUAGCGGUGGGGGCGGGAGGGGGGGUCUGCCAGUUAGCCCCUGUGUCGGAGCAUGAUAACAGUGGGGGACCCCAAAGCGGGAAGGAUGUUCCAGUGUGGCUCUCC